CUCCUUUUUUCUCUCUAAAUUUCUUGUAAUAAUUAAUCCCUUUUACGUUAUGGGUUUUUUUUUCUUUUUCUUUUUCUUGUUUGAGCAAUAUCUCAUGAUCUUGAUUGUUGUGAACUACCAUAGACUUCUUUCUGAUAUGUUUAUUGGUAGUUUUCUUGAUUUUUGUUGGGUACUUUAAUUGGAUAAUUGUCAACUAUGUUGGAAUUAGAAGAAUGAAUUGUAGUAAGAUGGAUUCAUGGAGUUAAAUGGGUCAAUCAGUAUUACCCAUAUUUUGAUUUCCGAUGAGUCUUGAUUAAGUCAAUUAUGGAACUGAGGACAUUUCUUACAUAUAAAAAGUUGCUUUAAAGACCAUAACAGAAUGUAACUUAGGCAUAAUGGUGGUAAUAUAAGUUCUUAGUGGUAUUAUAACAGGUUUUCCCCUUUUGCAAAGAAUUCUUUUCAAUGUUUUUCCCCUCAGUGGAGCAGUAUUUAUGGGGGUAGAAUGUUAACUAUUCUCCCCAGUGGCGGAACCGGGAUUUUUAUGAAGGGGAGUCAAAAUAUAAAGAAAUAAACUCACCAAGAAGUCUAAGGGGUGUCAAUAUAUAGUAUAUAUAUAUAUAUAUAUAUUUUAAAUUACCUAGCUACACACAAUAAUUUUCCGACAAAGGGGUGUCGGUUGACACCCCUUGGGUGCAUGUGGCUCGGCCACUGAUUCUCCCCUCUCUAUCCAGCGUUUUACUGAAUUAUAUAUUGGUUUAUGCUCUACCAACUGAAAUUAGUUUAGUCUUAUGCUUGCUUAGUUGUUUUGUAGCCAUCAGCCAUAUCAUUUGAGCUUUUACGACAUUAUGUCUUGUAAUCUUAUCUCCUUGGUAUUUUAACAAGAAAUUGUUUUGCUGGCCGUAGGCUUGCCAACGUGGUUUUGGUGUAGCACUCCAACCAUGUGCUUGACUUUUGGCAGUAACAGUAAUCUGAUUCCUAAAUGCCAACGUGGUUUUGGCGUAGCACUCCAACCAUGUGAUUGACUUUUGGUAGCAACAGUAAUCUGAUUCCUAAAUGCUUUGACAUUUUUAAGUUAGAGGAAACUUUUAGAUUUUCUAAAGGAUGGAAAAAAUAGCAGCUUUAUCAAAAUUAGUAGUUGCAAUAGUUGAAAUUCCAAUGUGGUUAUUGCACAAAAGUAUUAGUGGUAUGGAUCUGUCACUGCUUUAUUGUAGCUCUUUGAAAGGAAUCUUUUCUCCAUCUGUUUCACAAGGCACUGUAGUUGUAGGAAGCAGGUUUUCUUUUGCCAGUGAGAGCUUAGGAUAAUUUAUGGAGACUGAGCUGAAUAUGAUGGCGUUUAUUUAUAUUUCUUCACUUUGCAACUUUUUUUCUUUACUUCUUUCAAUAGGAUUCUGCAUAGUUGGCCAUACUCAGCGACAUCCCUCUUCAUACCUUUCCACCAAUAGUGUCAGCGGAUCGUCUUGUACAUCUUCGUGCUCCCUGGGUGCAGGAAAAAAGAAAAAAGACAGUUAUUAUAUGGAUAAGAAAGCAUCUGGCAAGGAAAUCUCUGAGGAAGUGACUCGGGAGUCACUAAUCGCCAUAUCAUACUCUGAACCAGAGAAGGAUCUUUCGAUUGAAUCUGAACCUGAAAACUCCAACCGUGAGAAUGUGGUGAAAUCUAUUAAUGAAGACGAAGAUAAUAAAUAUAGAUCGGAGUUGAUCUCGAUAUCCUAUGAAGAGCCACCAGACACUGAAGUUGAACAAGUUUCACCUGGAGAAUUCAAGGGCUAAAUAAAAACAGCUGGUUUUAUAGGCCAGCUCCAUGUUAAAAACUCUUCUUUUGCUACAUGUUAUUUAUUCAUAAAGGACUGGACAUUGCUUAAAACUUGCAGCGUUUCAUGUAUUGUACAUUUGAAAUCUGUUGUUGUAAUCAGUGGCAGAAACACUCUUUACUAGGGGUGUCAUCGGACACCACUUGGCGAAAAUUGUUACUUAUAUAGAAGUGUAAAUAAUAUCUUUUUUUUCUAAAUAAAAUUGCUGUAUAUGUGUA